GCCAAGACUUGUAGGUUGUUAAAUAAACCAAAUAACAAUCCGAACGGCGUCUUCAGCAGCAAAACACGUUACAAAAAUUUGAUUCAACAAAAUGAGUAAGAAAGUACAAAAGACAUCUUGGAGGCAGCAAACUGGAGAGCAAUGUGAGGGGUCAGAGAAAACUGGCACUGGACAGAAAGGAAGUGAAAGGACACAAAUCGAACCAUCACAACUUAAACAGCAACAGCAACAGGAAACACUUUUAAGUAUUGAAGGACAUGCUAGACCAUCUCAACCCCUGCAGCAGAAGAUGAUGCUUCAUCAGGAACAAGUACUACCAACCCAGGUGGGGGCAGUUGUUGGUACUUCUGGUUUUUGCAGUGGCCACACAGGACCACACAGACAAGGACUAGUACAUGGAAGUACUUCACAAGGAGCACUGUCAGCAUGAGCUGCUCAGCGAACUGUAGGUGAUACAUCAAGUGCUGAAACAACAAACCAGUUAAUUCAGACAUUGCAAUUACCAAUGAGAAAGGAUUGGAAUAAGUGUGGAACCAUGGGGAAAUCAAUAAUUGUUGAAACUAAUCAUUUUGCACUGGAUUUGUCAAGAGUACGAAACAACAUUAUCAUACAUUAUGAUGUAACACUAGAGCCCUCAGUUCCACAGAGAAUGUUGAGGGCUGCCAUGGAAGAAUUUAGGCUCAAACAUUAUCCAAAACGGUUUCCAGCAUUUGACGGGAAGACAAAUUUGUAUAGCUCUGGAGAGCUGCCAUUUGGCAGAGAGAUGUGUGAUCAUAUUGCUUUGUGUGAUAAUGAAUCUGGUAAAGAAAGAAAGUUUAAGAUUACCAUCAAGUAUGCAUCUCAGGCUGAUUUGCAGUCUCUAGUACAGUACACGGCUAGUGGGGCUUCUCUUCUUCCUCCUCAAAAAGCCAUUCAAGCUGUUGAUAUUAUACUGCGCAAUGUGUCAGCCUUCAGGCUUGUGCAGGCAGGACGCUCUCUCUUUAGUCCUCCAAAGGGUCGAGUAGUGGAACUAGGUGAUGGCUUCAAAAUGUGGCAUGGAUUCUUUCAAAGUGUCAUCCUGGGAUGGAAACUCUUUGUUAAUAUUGAUGUCGCUCACAAAGGCUUCCCCUCGGCAAGAAAUGUUGUAGACCUUAUUUUGGAGGUAUGCAAGCUCAGGUGUGAAGACCUUCAGAAAGAACUAUCAAUCCAGCAAAAGGAAGAUUUCUUGAACUAUAUUCAUGGCCUGAAGAUUGAUUAUAUGCUUCCAGAUGUGCCAACCAGCAAGAGGACAUACAAAGUGAACAAUAUUACAAAAAGUCCAGUUGAACAGUUCUUUGAAUUGGAUGAUCACACAUGGAUAUCUGUUGCAGAAUACUUUGCCCAUGAGAAGAAGAUAAUUCUUUCAUAUCCACAUCUUCCAUGUCUUCAUGUUGGCUCCAUGAAUAGGUUCAAACCAAUCUGUGUUCCAGCAGAGUUGUGCACGGUGACAAGGAGUCAAGUCACGAUCAGAAAAUUGAAUGAGACACAAAUAUCAAACAUGAUAAAGAACACUGCAACAUCUACCGAUAUCAGGAAGCGCUGCAUCAGUGACCGAUUUGAAAAAGUAGAGGCUCGUGUACUAGAGGCACCACAGUUACAAUAUAAUAUUGAAGUUGAAAUAAAAAAUGUUGUAAAGCCUAUGAAGGGUGUUUGGAGGCCAUUAAAAUUUUUGAGCAGCAACAAGCUUUCUCACUGGAUUAUUCUGAACUUAAACAAAUAUACAAAAGAAGAUGAGAUGAGACAGUUUGGAGUUGAAAUGCAGAACGCGGGUCGAACUUUGGGAAUGGACAUUGCUCCUCCUCCUCCCCCAGAGUUUAUGCAGCCUCCAACAAAAAAUACAUAUCAACUAAUGGAAUUCUUUAAAACAGUAAAGAGAGAAGUUCAGCUGCUGGUGGUGGUUGUUCCUGAUAGAGGAGACUGCUAUGCUAAAGUGAAGAAAGUAGCAGAGCUGAAUGUUGGAGUAUUGACUCAAUGUGUGAAGGGAAGAACAAUGUCACGUUUGAAUCCUGCUGUAUGUUCCAACAUUCUAUUGAAAAUCAACUCAAAGCUGAACGGUAUAAACCGUUUGUUUCGCCCAGUUAUUAUAGUAGGAGCUGAUGUGACCCAUCCAUCGCCGGAUCAGGUUAGCAUCCCUUUAGUUGCUGCUGUAACUGCCAGCCAUGAUCCAAAGGCUUUCAAGUACAACAUCCAGAUUACACACAUAUGCUUGCAAACCAGAGAGGAUAAUAUUUUGAGAUUGUGUGAUGGACAGUUCGCACAGGUUUUGAACAGCGAGGUGAAUGCAAUUCGACGUGCUUGUUUUUCUAUGGGCCAAGAAUAUGAACCUAAAGUGACAUUCCUGGUGGUGCAGAAACGUCACCACACCCGAUUCUUUCCAAGAAGUGAGGAUGCAGAUGGGAGAUAUAAGAACGUUCCUCCCGGUACAGUGGUUGAUCGUGAAAUUACUCACCCGACUGAAGUGGACUUUUAUCUGGUUAGCCAUUCCGGCAUCCAGGGUGUUAGCAGACCUACCAAGUAUCAUUUAUUGUGGAAUGAUGAUAAUAUGACAGAAAAUGAAAUUGAAAAGAUUGCAUACUACUUAUGUCAUAUGUUCUCACGUUGUACACGCAGUGUGUCCCAUCCAGCACCUACAUAUUAUGCACAUCUUGCUGCUAAGAGGGCUCGUGUGUACCUGGAGGGAGAGAACAUUAAGCUAUCUAAUCUACAAAGUCAGCAACAUAUAUGUGCUGUCUUGAAAGAAAUUGUUUCAGACCAUCCUAUGUUUUUUGUAUAAAACUUCAGCUGGCAUAAGGAAAUCAGGUGCAAUAGUUCCAAGAGUCACCAGUUCCACUGUUAGUAGCCACUACCAAGAAAUGACUAGUGACAUGACUAGCAAUGAAAGAUUGAAAAACAGAAGAUUUUGUGUGCCAUAGUUUUAGUGUUCUAUAGUGUAAAUCAGUGACAAUGUAAUAGUUAUUUGUGCUUAUGAGUUAUAAGCAUUUAAUAAAUUCAGUUAUCAAUCCAAA